AUGAAGUUCUUAGAUAAGGCCAAGUCCGAUUUCAGGACAGACAGCACUAUCAACACGGUACGAAGAAAGGUCAUCUCUGGAUUGCCAAGGCUACCUUUGGCAAUCGGUCAGUACCUCAUCCAGAAAGUUCCCAUCGUCCAAUGGCUUCCCCAUUAUAACCCCAAAUGGAUAAUUUCCGACUUCACAGCGGGAAUGACUAUCGGUGUCAUGAUGAUUCCACAAGCACUCGCUUACGCCAAAAUUGCGAAAAUCCCCGGAGAGUUUGGUUUGUACUCAAGUUGGUUGCCGGCGGCCAUCUACGUGUUCAUGGGGACGUCCAAGGGUAAGUGCCGAGAAGAGAUGAAGCAGAACAAUGCUAAAAGCUCGCUAGAUUUGUCCACCGGCCCGACCUCCAUCAUGGGUCUGUUGACGGCAGAGAUCAUCAGUGACCUCAAGACCGAGGGGUAUGCCGCACAAGACGUCUCAUCGGCUAUCGCUUUGGUUGUUGGAAUCUACUCACUUAUCGUCGGCUUGUUGAAGAUGGGGUUCCUGCUGGAAUACAUUUCCGUUCCGGUGCUGUCGGGGUUUCUUUCUGCCGCCGCCUUCACCAUUCUUCUUGGUCAAGUUGGGUCAAUCGUAGGCCUCAGCGAUGUCCCAUCUGGUGCAUCCAAGAGCAUCGAAAACAUUAUCAGACGUAUUCCCGAGAUGAAACCACUGACCAUCGUUAUUGGAAUCAGUAGUCUUUUGCUGCUUUAUAUCCUGGAAUUCAUCGGCAAAAAAUGGGGGAAGAGUAGUGCCUCCAUAGCGCUCAUUUGCAGCAGUCGGGCUGUAGUUCUCUUGCUCGUCUACACUACGAUCAGCUUCUUAGUCAACAAGGACAGAGGAGAACCCUUAUGGACUAUCAGCAAAGUCAACGCCAAUGGUCUCCGAGUCCCCAAGGUCCCGACCUCUGACUUGAUUUCCAAAGUGGCCAUCAGAGCGAUCGCUCCUUUGGUAGCAUCGGCUCUCGAGCAUUUGGCCAUUGGGAAAUCGUUCGGUCUCAAGAACAAAUACGCCAUAGACGAAAGCCAGGAGCUUUGCUAUCUCGGAAUCACCAAUGCCGUCAACAGCGUUUUCGGAGCGAUGAGCGUCGGAGGCGCAAUGUCAAGAACAGCCGUGAACUCAGAAUGUGGCGUCAAGAGCCCUUUGAGUGGCAUUUUCACUAGCGGUUUUAUCCUUCUGACUUUGUAUAAACUGUCAGAUGCUCUAUUCUGGAUCCCUAAAGCGACGCUCUCUGCAAUCAUUAUCAUGGCAGUCAUCCACAUCGUGGGGCCUGUUUCUCUGUUUUACCGCUACUGGCGAAUCUCAUUCGUGGACUUUGUGGCUUCGAUGCUGUCCUUUUGGGUCACUCUUUUCGUAUCAACCGAGAUGGGAAUCGCUUCGGCGGUCAUAUUCAGCGUCGGGUACACCCUAAUCCGGUCGGCGUUUCCGAAAGUCAAGACAUUUUCUGCUACUGGUGUGAAGAAUCGAAAGAUCCCACCAGGGCAGGCUACUAACCCUCCGACGGCUGAGGACAUUCCCGUUCCCAAAGACACCAUGUUGAUCAGCUUCACCGACUCCAUCUUUUUCCCCAACGCUGGCCGCAUCAAGAAGUUAGUCCUUGACUCUGUCAAAGUCCAUUUCGAGAAACAACCGGCUGUUGACGAAGAAGACGGUAUAUCAGCUGAACGUUCCUGGAGCGUGGCAUCGAUGAAGCGUAUUGAAAUGCUGCGAAAGCGCGACAGCGUUGUGCCCUCGAAUACGUCGAUGACUGUCAUGGUCUGGGAUCUGACCCAAGUGCCCUUUAUCGACGUAACCGGAGUCCUAACGCUAUGUGAGCUUAAGGAGGAGGUGAAACGACACGUAGGAAAACAGAUGUCUCUACGACUUGUAGGAAUGAACAACAAAACUCGAUACAGAUUCUCUCGCGCUGGAUGGACGAUUGUCGAGGACCGUGAGGUCAACGACGAAACAAUUGGAGAUGUCGAUGUUUUAUAUGAGAGACUCGAGACAGCCCUCUGGGAUAGAGACGACGCCGUUGAGCGAUAG